AUGACUCCCCCACCCGACCGCAUCGCUCAAACGCUGCUAUCACGACACUCUCUCUCGCUGAUCUCAUGCACCACAAUCCAAACCCUCUGGGCCGGGUAUGGCCAGAUCUGCGCCAUAAAGGCAAAAGCAACCACCGACGAAGCAGCAAAACACCUGGACAGUCUGUUCGGGGUGCAGGUGUCAUCGUCUACGGGAGCGGGGACUGUCUACCCUCUGAUAUUGAAACUCAUCUCGCCGCCGCAGAAGCAGAAUACGGCGGAUGAAGGCCAUCUGCGCAAGAUGUUUAGUUAUGAGGUUGAGCAGUGCUUCUACAGUGAUGUGGUGCCGCGGUUUGGUGGUGGUGGGGUUGCAGUUGCAGGAUGUCUUGCGUCGACGCGGGAGAUGAACGACGAGAACGAGACGGAGGAAGGGCUGGAUGGGAUCAUGGCGAUUAUCAUGGUUGAUCUUCGAGUGAAGUACCCUGUCGCUGGCGAGAAGAGGAGCGUCUUGAGUGAAACGCAAGUCCAGGGAGCGCUGGACUGGCUUUCUAGUUUCCAUGGGCGUUCGUGGGGGUUACUACCGGAUACUCUGGACGGGUAUGUCUUGCCGCCGAUUGAAGAGGCAAGAAAGAGACAAGGCAUGAACAAGAAUGCUGCUGGGAGUGGACUGUGGUUGAACGGGGGAUACACGUACCUUGCCACGCGACGGAAAGAGUACGAAUCCCUAGCACGGGACACAUCCUCGGAAUGGUCAGAUGCCUUGUGCAGGAACGCCAAAGACUCAUCGAUGUCCAUAGCGGAGAUGGUUGCGUUGGUUCUAACGCCCUACGGACGGCCGAUUGAGUCGUAUAUCCACGGCGACGUCAAGUCGGAGAAUCUCUUCACGACGAAGAGCGGAGACGAAGUGGCGUUCUUCGAUUUCCAGUAUGUCGGGCUGGGCCUGGGUGUCUGUGAUCUUGCGAAACUGUUUACUUGCUCGGUUCCUUUGGAUAUGCUUGUUGAUGAUGGUGAUUCUCUCCCUGAGCGGUUAACGAUGCGGGAUGGCGAGAAGAGACUGCUGGAGCGGUAUCGUUCGGGUCUUCUCCAGUAUAGAGAGAGCUACGAGUGGAACACGUUUAGACGGCACUGGGAGACUGCCUUGGUAGACUGGUGUCGAUUCCAGGCAUCGUGGGGAUUCUGGGGCAAUACGGAGUGGCUAGAGGCGCGGGUACGAUCGAUAUUGAGCGAUCAAGAGUGGAGAGACUGGCUGAGACAGGAAAUAGAGGGUCGGAUUUAG